AAGAAAGGGAUUAUCUUUUUUUUUAUUUCUUUAGACAGCAGACAAGUCGUUGUUUGAAUAGUAGGCUUUAUUGUGUUUAUUAUGGUUUCAUUUCAUGCGACGUCUUUGAUAUCUCAACCGCCAACGAAAUCGAGAACGCCGUCGUUCGUUAACCGAUUCGUAUUUUUGUAGUGUCGAUCGAUUGAAACCAUUCCGACUCGGCCAUGUCAUGGUCCAAGGCAUGUAGAGGGACUCGAUUUUCUUCGUAUUUAGAGAACAUUCAUCGAACAUCGAGGACUGUGCCUCUUGUUCCGUGCUCUCGUUAUGGAGCUUUUAAUGGCAAUCAUCAUAAUCUCCCAAGCAAGAGAGAGCUUUGGGGAAGCUCAUCUUCGUUUUCCCACUCUAAAUCCAUGUUACUUGGUGGUGGUGCUCAUCGCCAGUAUUCUACUCACUCGAUAACAGAAACCAAAUCGAAGAAAAUGCUCUACUAUCUCACUGCUGUUGUCUUUGGCAUGGUUGGCCUUACUUACGCUGCUGUGCCUUUGUAUCGAACAUUCUGCCAAGCUACUGGUUAUGGAGGUACUGUUCAACGCAAAGAGACUGUCGAGGAGAAGAUUGCUAGACAUUCAGAUUCUGGCACCGUCACUGAAAGGGAGAUUGUGGUGCAGUUCAAUGCUGAUGUUGCAGAUGGGAUGCAGUGGAAGUUCACUCCAACUCAAAGAGAGGUGAGAGUAAAGCCUGGAGAAAGCGCACUCGCCUUUUACACUGCUGAAAACAAAAGUUCAGCCCCAAUAACCGGAGUCUCCACAUACAAUGUCACUCCCAUGAAGGCAGGGGUUUAUUUCAACAAGAUACAGUGUUUUUGCUUUGAGGAACAGCGACUUCUUCCUGGAGAACAGAUUGACAUGCCGGUGUUCUUCUACAUUGAUCCUGAGUUUGAGACUGAUUCAAGAAUGGACGGAAUCAACAACUUGAUAUUGUCUUACACGUUCUUCAAAGUGUCCGAGGAAACUACUAGUACAGAUUCAGUCGACAAUAAAAGCUCAGUUCCAGUUCAAGAAACCAAUUAAAGAUGGCAUGUUUUUUUGAAGUGAAGAAGAAGAGUCUCCCUCCUUUCCUUGAGUUAAAAAUAAAAUAAAAAAUUCCAUAAUGGGAAAAUUGUUGGUUAGUAAUUUGUUUUGUGCUGCAGUUAUGUUGAAGGAUACAAGGGAACAUAUGAUAUUAUUAAUUGAAUAUUUGCUUGAACAAAA